CUGCCUCUUUUUUGUAUUGUAAUUUUCCUCAUUUCAGAGCGUGAGCGUGAACGAGAAAGAGAGCGAAAAGAACGUGAAAAAGAAGUGGAAAAAGAGCGUGAGCGUCGUAGAAGCAAAAGUCGUGAAAGAGAAGGUCGCGAGAAGCGUAGCCGAAGUCGAGAGCGGCGAAGCCGAAGUCGCGAAAAACGCAGUCGCAGUCGUGAAAGACGGCAAGAUCCGGAGAAAACAGAACGCAGUGGUGAAACGAGUGAUAGUAAAGAAACAGAAAAGGAUUUGGAGAAACUCAAUGAAGCCAUCCGUCAACGCUAUCUCGGCGGACAACGAGAGAAACGAAAACGUGGACGACGUUUGCACGAGAGAAAGUUUAUUUUUGAUUGGGAUGCCGCGGAAGAUACGUCAGCUGAUUACAAUAAAUUGUACCAAAGUGUAAGCAUGCCUUUUUUUUUUUUUUUUGUAUCGAUUCCGAUAAUUCGUGGAUUUUUUUAA